AUGGCCGUGUCCACCAUGUCUGUCUGCUCCAGUACCUCCACUGACCCUUGGCAGGUGGAUGAUUGCCCAGAGAGCUGCUGUGAGGCCCCCUGCUGUGCCCCCAGCUGCUGCGCCCUGACCCCCUGCCUGAGCCUGGUCUGCACCCCACUGAGCUGUGUGUCCAGCCCCUGCCAGUCAGUCUGCAUCAGCUCCUGCACACCCUCAUGCUGCCAGCAGUCUAGCUGCCAGCUGGCUUGCUGCACCUCCUCCCCCUGCCAGCAGACCUGCUGUGUGCCCGUCUGCUGCAAGUUCAUCUGCUGUGUGCCCACCUGUUCUGGGGCUUCCGCUUUGUGCUGCCAGCAGUCUAGCUGCCAGCCCUCUUGCUGCACCUCCUCUCCCUGCCAGCAGGCCUGCAGUGUGCCCCUCUGCUGCAAGCCUGCCUGCUGCAAGUCUGUCUGCUGUGAGCCUAUCUGCUCUGAGGUUUCUUCUUCAUGCUGCCAGCAGUCUAGCUGCCAACCGGCUUGCUGUACCUCCUCCCCCUGCCAGCAGCCCUGCUGCAUGCCUGUGUGCUGCAAGCCUGUCUGCUGUGCGCCCACCUGCUCUGGGUCUUCCUCUUCCUGCUGCCAGCAAUCUAGCUGCAAGCCAGCUUGCUGCCCCUCCUCCUGCUGCAGACCCUCCUCCUGCGUGUCCCUCCUCUGCCGCCCCGUGUGCAGGCCUGCCUGCUGCAUGCCUACCCCCUCCUGCUGUGUCCCUCCCUCCUCCUGCCAGCCUAGCUGCUGCCGCCCAACCUCCUGCGUUUCCCUCCUCUGCCGCCCCAUGUGCUCCCGCCCAACCUGCUGA